UACCGACACUAUCGUCUGCUACGAAAGACAUGACGACGUUGAACGCUCGCGCUUGUGUGGCUGCAAAAUGCUAUGACGUGUUUCGCAUCUUCAGCUGGAGUGUUCCUCGUGUGAACACACGGUAAGAAGAAGAAGAAAAGUCGUCGAGCUCGGGACAGUGAGGAAUGAUGGCAACUUCGGACGGAACUACACCCGCAAGUUUUACCGAGGGAGGAAUCUCACUCCAUCGUGGCAUAUGCGAAGGCAUUCCGACUUCGAUAACAACGUUGGUGAGCGGGAACCAAGGCGUGGCUGAAAGUGACGCCGGGAAUCUCGGAACCAAAUUCGUAACGGGAAGGCGAUUAUCCGAUGAAGUUUAUAUUUGUCGCGCGGGGCCACAAAUGACAACGAGCAGAUGUACGAAGCCUAAUAUUCUUUCUGCCUGUCAAGGGGAAGAACAAAACGAACGGUCACUUGGAAAGACUGUGACGUUUGACCUGACUCCUCAAGUGAACAAACUAAGCCUGUCAGCUCCACCUGAACAUCCCGUAACCGACACGCGUCGUACAGCGCUCGACAGGCGUCGAGCACCGAGCGGGACAGAAGCUGCUGUAAUUAUCAUCACAGUCAUGGCGGUGGCCGUUUUCGUGACGUGCGUCCUAGCGUUCCUUUUUAGCAAACCAACGUCCAAGUCACAGAAGGCCUUCGGAAGGGACAUGUGCCAGGGCUCAUCUUGCCGCGAAAUGUACGACUUCACCAACAGUAUCAUUGACCCAUCCGUAAACCCGUGCGAGGACUUCUACCGCCACGUUUGCAAGCAAUGGAUUAAAAGGAACGGUGAUGGCCCCAGCAGCUAUAUUGAUGAAGCCGUGCAGAAGUUCAGGAAGGCGGUCUACGACGACCUGACCGUCGUACACGAUGGUCAGCCGCCGAUUGGAACCAUUCGCAACGGUAUUAAAGAAUUCUACGACAGCUGUCGGACCUUUCUUUCCAAGGACACGUCGAUGACAGUACUGCUGCGUAAUAUAGCUACCUCUUUCGAUAUUCACCUCGUCAAAUGGUUGAGAUCAAUAGCAAUAAGCGAUGUCUUCUACAACAUGGUAGAGAUAUCCCUGCGUCUAGGCAUUCCCACAGCGUUGAACGUCACGUACAGAACUAGCAAAAGGCCGAACCGCUCCAAAACCAUGCCACCAAAGGUGCAUGUUGACGUUGGAACUACACUUUCAAGCAUUUUCGGUCAACGACUGGAUGUUAAUCUUCAGAUGUACCUGCGGAUUGUGAUUAAUACGAUGGACCUGAGCCCUGCUGAAAGCGAGGUAGACCUUGAGAAAUUAGAUGUGCUUUUCAGCAAGACUCUCGCUGGAAAACACAAGGGAAUCUCCGUACGAAGGACGUUCAAGACUCUUCCUUCAAGUAUAAAGCCCGACACAUGGAUAGCCGCACUCAACAAACUAGUGGCCAAUCACACCUUUACUUUGGAGAGCACCGUACUCGUCCAUAGGCUCCCUGCUGUGCAAGAAAGACUUAAGCUCAUCUCAGUGUUGGCUCCAAAAAACAGGAACAUCUAUCUUCUGUUACUGGUCCUAUCUCAUGUUCUUGUUCACGACUUCCGACACAAAUAUCUUCAGCAGGGCAGACCUGAAUAUGAAUGUUUGAGACUGACUAGCCAGUACUUAGCACCGCACUUCCACAUCUAUGUCGCCGCCACUUUUCAACCUGAGACCGCAGAAGACAAGGUGAUGUCCAUGAUGUCCAAGAUACACUCAAACGUCCAAACAGAACUUCGGUCUUCUGGGUCUGCAAGCCUUCAACUUAAGCAAACCAUGCGUAGAUUUCACAUAUGGAGUAAGACAGUGAAGAACUACUCAGCUCCCCUCUUGCAACAUUUGAGUGGUGACUUCAUCACAAAUGUAGCUCAAGUUCUCGAAAUUGAUCAAGCUCUAAGAACUGCCUCGGAAGGCGCUGUCACUCUCCCCUUUUCAUAUUGGCAAUAUAAUGGUAUUAUUGGAUACCUCCCAGAACAUGAAAAGAUAGUUGUGACAACUGUUCACUUGCUGCCGAAACUGUUUGACCUCAGCAGCGGGAAUCAGCGCUUUAACUACGCUGCCUUGGGAACAGCCCUUGGAGAGGGUCUUGUCCUCUCUGCCCUAGGAAACACUGUAGUGUCCAGGAGCAACCAACUCAAAGGGUACAAUUUGCAAUGUUACGAGGAACUCAUCAGCAGAAGGAUAAAAGACCGCAGUAUCACGGGUCAUCACGUUCAAGAGUUACUGGCUGUGAUCAUCGCACUGAAGGUUUCCCAUGACCUCAGUCACGAGCGGAAGCACGAAAAGGCAGAAGACGACCACGAUGUCAUAUUUUUCCGACGGUUUUGUUUGACCAACUGUGGCACACUGUCGUCGCAACAUCGAUACCUUCCUGGAGACCUACGCUGCAAUAUUGCUACUGCCAUGAUGCAGCAGUUCAGAAAUGCUUUCAAGUGUGGAAACACGUCACUUUACACCUGCAAAAGUUCCCCGCAGAAGACAUCUUCAAGUGGAUCACCUCAGCUACUCUAACCUCUGUGUUAUUCUCAUGGUUUUGUGCUGUAAAUGAACAAAAAGAGAAAUAGAUCCAAUAACAAUAAACGAAUAGGAUGGAUGCACCUUGAAGAGAGAUGAAAAUACAGGUUAGUAGCUAGUCUACUUUGCACAAAGCGUCCACUGACUAUGCACAGACACUGUCGACAAAUUUGGAAUGAGAGUGGAUGUAAAUUGAAGGAUUGUGCAAAUACAGGUUAG